CACGUACGAUUCCCUUCCCCGAUCCCGUCACGUCUCUCGCGAAACGCACCGCCCCCCCGGCCGUCUUCUCCCUCUCCUCCUCGUCUUCCCCCUCGUGCGUGCGAUUCCCCUCCCCAAUCAGAAGCCGCAGUCCACCGCAAGUCACCUCCUCCGCGCCCCGCGAAACCCUCGCCCGCGCCCUCUCCCCUGCCGCAACCCGUCCUCCGUCGCGCUUGAGCACCGGCGAUCGACGGUGCCCAUCAGGUGAUUUUCUGUGGCAUGGCAAGGAUACCAAUUUUCCUUGGCUUUUCUUUUCAUGAAUGAUGUCCUUCCCUUUGAAGGACACAAAUUCGCAAACAAUAUUUAAGUGGCCAUGGAGAAGCGAAUCACCAUUAUCAACACAAUUGCUCAUUGAUAUUCCACCCGAAAUAGAGUUGUCAGACUACCGAAGACUGCCAAGUUCUGGAAAUGAGAGCCCGUCUGGACUUCUCCGUGGUGAAGGCAUCAAGGAAGAGCCGAUUUCUGACUUGGAUAUUUUCUUCGAAAGGCUCUAUGAAUAUUUCUGCGCAAAAGGACUAAGGUGUAUUGUUACCAAAUGGAUAAUCGAGUUCCUUAAUGUACUCUUUAUGGUAUGCUGUAUUGGAUUCUUCUUCUUAUAUGUUGAUUGGAAUGCCCUUGGCCACUUGAAAUGUGGUGUGGAGGCACUUGAGUCUGGGGAAAAACCAUGUGAUCUGAUGGAAGCCAUUAAGCAUAACCCACUAGUCCCUUUCACAUUUCCCAAAAUGAUCACUGUUGGAUCAAUGGUUAUAUUGGCAACAUAUGGACUUAUCAAUUUCCUCAAGUUCUUUGUACAGCUGAGAAGUACGCUGAAUGUUCGUGACUUCUACUAUAACAGCCUUAAGAUUACAGAUCUCGAGAUUCAAACCAUAUCGUGGCCCAGAAUAAUUGAGAAGGUUGUCCUGCUACAAAAGUCUCAAAAACUUUGUGUUGUUAGGGAUCUAUCAGAGCAUGAUAUUAUCAUGAGAAUAAUGAGGAAAGAAAAUUACUUGAUAGGGAUGGUGAAUAAAGGCAUCAUUUCAUUUCCAAUUCGCCCUUGGCUACCUGGUGCUGGUCCAACUGUCAAAUCUCAUGUGCGUGACAGGAGAAACCAUCUGAUACUUCCAAAAGCCCUAGAAUGGACCUUAAAUUGGUGCAUCUUCCAAAGUAUGUUUGACAGUAAAUUCUGUGUUCGAAAAGAUUUUCUAACAAGCCCAGCUGUGUUGAAAAAACGACUUGUAAUUGUGGGCAUUGCAAUGCUGAUUCUGUCGCCCUGCCUUGUAAUUUUCCCAUUGGUUUACGUCAUUCUGAGGCAUGCUGAAGAAAUUUACAAUCACCCCAGCACAGCAUCAUCCAGAAGGUGGUCAAAUUUAUCAAGGUGGAUUUUUAGGGAGUAUAAUGAGGUUGAUCAUUUCUUCAGACAUAGGAUGAACAACAGUGCUGUGCAUUCUUUGAAUUACUUGAAGCAAUUUCCAACUCCACUGAUCUCUAUCGUGGCAAAAUUUGUAUCUUUUGUUUCUGGUGGCUUGGCUGGUGCCCUUAUAAUCAUGGGAUUUCUUGGUGAAUCUAUUCUAGAGGGUCAUAUUUUUGGAAGGAAUCUAUUCUGGUAUACUAUUGUUUUUGGAACAAUAGCAGCUAUAAGUCGCAAAGUAGUGGCUGACGAACUUCAAGUAAUUGACCCAGAAGGGGCCAUGUGCCUCGUUGUCCAGCAAACACAUUACAUGCCAAAGAGGUGGCGUGGGAAAGAAAGCAGCGAACUGGUUCGAAGAGAAUUUGAAACACUAUUUCAGUACACCAUAGUAAUGCUAGUGGAAGAGAUGGCCUCCAUUUUUAUCACUCCUUACCUGCUCAUUUUUGAGGUACCAAAGCGUGUUGACGAUAUUCUGCGCUUCAUCUCGGACUUCACAAUUUAUGUAGAUGGAGUGGGAGAUGUAUGCAGUUUAAGCUUGUUUAACUUCGGAAGGCAUGGAAAUAGAAACUAUGGUUCUCCAUUUGAUGCAUCUAAAAGCCUGAGGAGCUCCCAAGGGAAAAUGGAGAAAUCAUUCUUAAGUUUUCAGAGUGUCUAUCCAUCAUUGGUGCCACAUGCUGAUGGCAAACAAUUCCUACAUAACCUACAAAAGUUCAAGGAAAGGCAAAUACGUCAACAAGCUAUUGCACAAUAUCAGGCAAUGGAAGCAUCUGGCUUUAUAGAUAGCACAGGUCAAAGGGAUGAUAUCUUCCAUCAACUGCUCCCAAGUGUUAUCCGUAACCAUGCUGAUGCAAUCCCACCUCCUGCUUAUAACUUGGGCCCCUUAGGAUUCCUUGACACAGAUCAAAGAACUCAACCAUAUAUUCUGGAUUGGUAUUACACAUGCCAUUCACCGGACUUGGAUAGAAUUGAAGCUCCCCAUUUUGAUGAAGCAUCCCCUGAGACUGGUCCCAACACAAAUCCACUAGCAAGGGGAACAUCUGAAAUUGAAGAAGCUGGAAAUUAUUACUCUGAUUUGUAUGGAAGAACUCGAAGUCAUAUUGGGACAUCAACAUCUAGUGCUUUAUUUGGGCAUGCUCCUGUGAAGCACUAUGGUAAAGAAGAUAAUUUUACAGGCAAUUGGUGGGAAACAGCCCCUGCAUCUUCUCCUGGUCCGCAAGGCAGUUUUCUCGAGCCUCCAGAAUUUGGAAAUCAUAUUAUGACUGGCAGUAGUCAUUCCAGUCAUCAAAGUGGCGAUAUGUCAGAGGGAAGCGUGGGAGGUCUAGAGCAGAGCCAUAGCCGAAGCAGCAGCAGCUGGAGAAAUCCCCAAGGCUUGUCCAAGACAAGGUAUAUGGACGACUCUGACAUGGAGGACGGACUGGGUCUUCAUUUUGCUGAUGCGCCUCGCAAUUAUGAAGAUGAUCGACCCAGCGUGCCCGAUGCCUUUGACCCAGCCGGAGUUCCUGUAAGAAUAAUACCUCGAAGCAGUGACCCCGUGUAG